AUGGAGAGCAAGCAAACCAAGGGCCGCCAAAAGAUUGAAAUGAAGAAGAUCGAAGACGAAGAGGACCGACUGAUUUCCUUCUCGAAACGUCGAUCCGGUAUCUACAAGAAGGCAAGUGAACUUAGCACUCUAUGUGGAACAGAAAUUGGAAUCAUUGUAUACUCUCCAUCAGAGAAGCCCUUCACUUAUGGAAACCCAUGUCUCGAGUCGGUCGCAAACCGAUAUCUGAACCAAAACCCACCCCCAGCUGACAGCACAAUUCAUCUGGUUGAGGCACACCGACGAGUGAGGAUUCACGAGCUGAACCAGCAGUACAAUGAGCUCGUCAACCAGCUGGAAGUGGAGAAGAAGCGAGGGGAGAUGCUGAAGCGAGUGGCAAAACCUAUGGCAAAGCAGGCUUGGUGGGAAGCACCUGUGGAUGAGCUUUCAGUGCCAAAUCUCGAGCGCCUAAAUAUGGCUGUCGAGGAGCUCCAUAAGAGUGUGAGUCGUAGGGACGUGAGAAUGGGCACAUCAUCUUCUACCUCGGGAUUCCAUGCAGAGGAAAAGCCACCACAGGCACCUUACCCUUUCACUGCCAAUGGAGUGAAUCAGGAAACUAGUACUUCCUCUUUUCCUCAUGGUCAUGGCGCAUAUGGCUAUGGGCACGGGCUUUACUAA